AUGUCUGACCUUGGACCACUGCAUCAUUUUCUGGGUAUUACUGCCACUCGAUCAUCUUCAGGGUUAUAUUUUUCACAGUCUUUAUAUGCUCAAGACAUCAUUGCUCGUGCCUCCAUGACACAAUGUAACUCAGUGGCUACUCCGAUCGACACCAACUCCAAGCUCAGUGCUACUUCAGAUCCUGCGAUUAAGGAUCCUACUCUAUACAGAAGCCUAGCUAGAGCUUUACAGUAUCUCACAUUCACCAGGCCGGACAUCUCAUACGCAGUUCAACAGGUAUGCUUAUUCAUGCAUGACCCUCGAGAGCCUCACAUGCAGGCCCUCAAUAGGAUUAUUCGCUACCUUCAGGGCACAAUUCAUCACGGUUUGUUUAUCUCGGUCUCCACUACUUCUGGUUUAACAACAUACUUUGAUGUUGAUUGGGUGGGAUGUCCUGAUUCUCCCUGUUCUACUUCCAGUUACUGUGUCUUUCUUGGUGAUAACCUCGUGUCCUGGUCAUCCAAACGCCAGGCUACAGUUUCUCGUUCCAGUGCUGAAGCUGAAUAUCGGGGGUAG